AUGGGUUUAGUCACUGUUUUUACAUCGUUCGCUUGUCUUUCAUCCGUCUUUGUUCAUAUGAUACUCUAUCAUUCGGCUGAUCUUUGGAAACAAUUUCGAACGAAAAGUUUAGAUAAUAUGGGAAAUGAUAUUCACGCACGAUUGAUGUCUUUAUAUAAAACAGUACCGGAUUGGUGGUACUUCAUUCUUUUUUGUAUUUCGUUGAUAAUCAUUUGUGUGAUCUGUGAUCAUAACAAUUGGUUGAAUUGGUAUUUAGUUUUGUUGACUUUGUUUAUCAAUGCAUGUCUUGUUCUUCCAUUUGGUCUUCUAUCAUCGAUAACUGGUCAAUUUCUUCAAAAUGCUCCUGUUUAUUACCUAAGUGUGAUCAUCGCUCAAGGUUUGGCAUUGGGCCAAGAAUCUCGAGAAAGUUAUACAUACAUCACGAUAGGUUAUGUUCUAUUUGUUCAGAGUCUUUCAUUGAUUCAGGAUAUGAAAUUGGGACAUUAUUUGAAAAUUCCACAUCGAUCAUUGUUUUUGGCUCAAUGCCUUUCCAGUCUGGUUUGUUCGUCGGUUAGUAUUGGAAUUCAGUACAUGUAUUAUAAUCAAUAUGGCAUGAAUAAUGAAUUUGACUCGAGUUUUUCGAUAUUUGAUUAUACGUUGCUGGGAGGAAGCGUUUAUACGGAUAAAAACGGAUUCUUCUCCGAUGCGAAUGCAGAAAAUCGAAAAUUGUUAUGGGGAUUUCUAGUAGGCGCAAUUUUACCAAUUCCUACUUGGUUUUUAUCGGCACGUUUUAGUUGGUUGGAACACUUCCAUUGGCCAUUGAUUUUAGUCACUGUUAGUUGGAUGCCUUCCCUUCUCUCCGCAGGUGCGCUUUGUACAUGGAUUAUUAUUGGCCUGUCAGUUUGCUUGACCGUCGGAAAAUACUCCUUCCUUCAGCGACAUAUUUAUUUAACUUCUGCAGCUUUAGAUUUAGGUUUAAAUCUAACACAAAUUAUCAUAAGUAAUGCAUUUAUCAAUGCAGAACGUUUGUUUCCAUCGUGGAGAGGAACGCAGAAUAAUAAUGGAUAUGACACCUGUACAUUGGCUUUAACAUCGAAUAAAUAG